AUGACAAGUGCAGCAAAAAAGCGCGCUAGGACACAGAAGGACGAUGUAGAACACCGCCUUCAAGAGGCAUGUAAAUCUCUACAAAGUAAUGUCCAUAAAUCCUAUAGUUCUGCUGCUGAAGCUUUCGAGGUUAACUACCACACGCUGCGGAACCGAUAUCUAGGCCUCACUCGGAGGCCUGUUGAGGCCCAUGAAGUCCAACAAUUGUUGAACAAUGCACAAGAGAAGGUGCUUGCUGAUUGGUUAGUUUAUUUAGGUCAUACGGGCCAUGCAGUUAGCAAGCGCACGAUCGGUCCAAAAGUUGAGGCGCUGUGCGGAAGAACUCCUUCCAAAACUUGGCUCAAGGGGUUCCUGGAGCGGCACCCUGAUCUGGUUCUUGGUCGACCGACUGGUCUAGAUCCGAAGCGCGCGCAAGCGUUCAACUUCCCUACCACUGAUCAUCACUUCAAGCUCCUGAAGAGUUUUAUUGAUGAGCACAGGAUUCCCUGGGAGAAUAUAUACAACAUGGAUGAGAAGGGAUUACAGUUGGGAGGUGGAAGGAAAGCUGGAAGGGAAAAAUUGUUUUUUUCUCGCAGUCAGAGGUCACGCACAGUGUUGCAGAGUGCAAAUUUGCAACUCGUGACAGUGAUCGAAUGUGUCUCUGCCGACGGUGGGAAUAUCUUACCGGGGUUUGUUUUUCCCGGUGUGGAGCAGUGCCCGGAGUGGUCAGAAGGGACCGACGAGAGAAUCAUCAUUGCAACCUCCGAAAAUGGGUGGACCUCUGAUUACAUAUGUACUGAGUGGUUUGCGAAGGGCUUCAUUCCUCAGGUGAAGGCCCGAAAUAUCUCAAAGAAACCUAUUCUGCUAAUAUAUGAUGGCCAUGGCUCACAUGAAGCAGAUGGAAUGCGAGAGCUUGCUUUAGAACAUGGCAUCCAUCUUUUUUGCCUUCCACCUCACACAACCCACCGUCUUCAGCCACUCGAUGUUGGAGUGUUCGGACCGCUUCAGCGGGAAUGGAAGAAAUGCUGCAUAACAUUUCUUGAGGACAAGAAUCGGGAGCUUGCCUUGAAAGAUGUCGUUCACGUCUAUCUCGUGGCACGGAAUCAUGCCUUCAAGGUGGAUACAAUUUUGUCUGCAUGGCGAAAGAGCGGGAUCCAUCCCAUCAAUCCUCAAGUCUUUUCGGAUGAGGAUUUCGCACCCAGUCACGCGACGUCACGCCUCGCUAAUGUUCCCUCAUCAUAUCCGACUAUCAUGCCUUCCUUCAGUGACGAUCCUUCAUCUGAUUCAUCUGACGAUACCUUCAUCCCACGGGACAACUCUGACACAAGCUCUGACGACAAUUUGGACAACUUUUCAAACAAGCCGGACAACAGCAGCACGUGUGACGAAGGAAUGGCUGGAGAGGACUUGCGCAAAGACUCCUGCGCAAGUUUAGAGGACUCCGAUGACGGCAACGAUGGCGAUGGCAACAAGAACCACGAGCGCGAAGAUGAGCAUGAGCGCGAAGAUGAGCGCGAGCGCGACCACGAGUGCGACCACAACCACGAGCGCGACCACGAGCGCGACCACGAGCGCGACCACGACCACAAGCAUUACAGGGACAAGAAGGACAGUGGCGGGACCGGUCGCAGUGGGGACGAUGGUGGUGGCAACAGCGGUGGAGACGACAGCGGCAGCGAUGGCGGUGGAGACGGCAGUGACAGCGACGGCGGUGGAGACGGUGACGGCGGGGACGGCGGUGGAGACGGCAGUGGCGGGGAUGGCGGUGGAGACAACAGCGGCGGGGACGACGAUAGUGGGGACGAUGGCCUUGGUGGCAGAAAGGACGGCAGAGGUGGCGGCAGAAGGGAAGGCAGAGGCGGCGGCAGAAGGGACAGCGACAACGACAACGACAACGACAACGACAACGAGGAGACUCAAAAUGAGGGCUUGGACAGGCUGGAAAUCUUGCGCAGGCGUGGAGCGUACGCUGCCCUGUCGCAAUCUGAUAGCGAGCGCGCUGAAGACUACUCGGUAAUGCCAUCCCACAGCAACAGCAGCAGACGGCGCACGCGUUCCAUGACGUCCGCACUCUCCACCCCUUCUUCAACCGCCUUCGCACUCCCUCCCUCACCCUACCCAUCACAAUCCUCCUCUCGACAAACCCGAGAUCAACUUGAAAUCCAGCGCCUCCAAAAUAUUCUGCGGCAGCGCGAGUUUGAGAUGUCGGAGAUGGCGAUACAGCUCAACGCUUCCGAGGCUCACUGUGCCCUCAUGAAGCGGCACUUUGGUGUGGUCCAACACCAACUCAAUUUGAAGACACACACGCGGGGGGAACGUCGUUUCAACACAACGUCACGAGUCCUCACAUCGGCUGAAGCUCAAGCAGAGUGGCAGCUUGCGAAGACUGCGCGCGCCGCAAAAGAAGCAAAAAAGCAGGAAGAUGAGAAGAAGAAAAAGGAUGCAGCCCGAGACCGUGAAGCCCGACGCGCAGUAACGUCGACAGUCUUCAGUGGGGGCUUGAAGACAAAGGCCAAGGAGGAACUGGGGGACAUUGCGAGCGCGCUAGGAUUGCCGGUCGAAGGUACUAACAAGGUCAUCAUAGAACGCAUUCAAACCCAUCUUGACGCAAUGCCCUCCCUCGCCAAUGACCCCCGCUUUGCUGGUCUUUUUGCACGCCGCACACGAGGUUGCAAACGUGCCGCGCGAGACUUUGAGAGUAUGCAGCCCCCACUUGAUGACACCCAGACGGCGCGCGGUCCAUCAGUCUCACAUGAGUCCGAACGUCCAUCACAACGUCGACGAUUCCAUGCACCGUUGUUUCCUACCAAGCAAAAUCCCCCCCCCGCAUUGGCUAAUAUCCCUUUGCCGGAAUCAGUGCCUCCGCCAUGGCAGUCUUAUUCGACGACACCAGAGGCGGGGCCCUCUCGCCAUCCGAAUUCCGUGCCCUUCCCUUACAGCUAUCCCCCUUUUGACCGUUCUUACUAG